UUCCGAUCACGUUUGUGUCAGCGUGUGUGUGUGUGCAUGCUUUGUCGCUUCACUGCUGCCGCUCCGCUUUUCCCGUGCAACGAAUUUUAUGCAACGUCGGGAGUCCGGGUCCAGCAAGGAGCCAGUGCUGCCGUGAAAACACAGGAGAAAAUCGGGUACACGCCAGGUUGUCCCCUCCCCGUUGUGCACGGCUGCUGUCACGAGCAUCGGUGUGAAUUAAGCUGGACUCCGGGCCUAGGCUUGUGUGUGUAUAUGUGUGCGCGCUUGCAGAGGCGUUCGUGGCUGUGAGAUAACAUUUGGUGGUGCCGCUCGUCCACACCCACUUGAUCGGCUGCUUGUGGUUGAUCCAUGUGCGGUGCAAAAUGUGAGGAUCAAAGAUCGUCAGCGCCGGAUGAUCCAGUGGUUGCUGUCACGUCGCUGGCGGCUGUCAGGCGACAGCUACAUGCAGCUUUUCAGGGAUCGCUCUGAGACUUUGGCCGGCCUUGGCCUGUAGGAACUGGACAGGACCUUAGGAAAGGCAACCAUAGCAGAUGAAAUGAGACGACCAGCUGAAUGUUGCCACCCAGUGCGGUCAUGUGACUGACCUGGCUCUUCUCUCCUGCUGAUGUCCAGUAGUUGCCCUGUUCUCACCAUGAGAGGAUCUGUCAGGUGCUCGAGCUCAGUGCCCUCAGACUGGCGCUACCAUUGUGCUGCGUGAGCGCCCCCCCCCCCUCCUCCGGCAGUUACUGCACGGAAUGGCAUCUUUGGACCUGCCAUACCGCUGUCCUCGCUGCGGGGAGCACAAGCGCUUCCGAAGCCUGUCGUCGUUGCGUGCCCACCUGGAGUACAACCACACGUACGAGACCCUUUACGUCCUCUCCAAAUCCAACAGUGUAUGUGACGCUGCUGCUCUGCUGCCCCUAGUGGCUGAGGGAGCUCUGCUCGCACCCGCCAAUAACAACGACCCUUUUGAGCCACUUCGGCCUUCAGCUUUAAAGGAGCGGCGCUUUCCUUGCCGUGAGCUUCCUUGUGCAGACGACCUGAGUUUGACCCCAGCCAACUCCAACACUGCAGCCCGGUAUAUUCCCAAUGUGGAGUUUCCCCUGGGGGAGAUUUUUAUGAAAAAAGCCAUGACAUCCACAGAUCCGGGUCCCCAUGGAAACCCCAGCACAGCUGUAGCGGUGGCAGCUAAUGUAGCAGCCAGUGCAGUCGAAGCAGCGUAUGAGGAAGGCCUGGCCAGGCUGAAGGCGCGGGCGUUUGAACGGCUGGAGCUGGAUGAGAGGCUGGAGAAGCUGUCUGAAGAGGUGGAGCAGAAAAUAGCGGCCCGUGUAGGCCGUCUUCAGGCGGAGCUGGAGAGGAAGAGCUCAGAGUUGGAGCGGGCCAAGCUGGAGAGUGAACGGCUGAGCCAGGAGAAACAAGACCUGGAGGACAAGGCCUCGGAGCUUUCACGGCAGGUGGACGUCUCCGUGGAGAUGCUAGCCAAUCUCAAGCAGGACCUGGUGAACAAGGAGGCAGAGCUGAACCACAAACAGCAAGAGGUCGCCCAGAUUGACCAGUUCCUUCAGGAGACGGCGGCCCGUGAAGCAAACGCUAAGGUACGCUUGCAGCAGUUCAUUGAGGAGCUUCUGGACCGAGCCGACCGGGCCGAAAAACAGCUGCAGAUCAUCAGCAGCUGUGGCACCACGCCGAACGGCAGCCUGGGACGCUGCAGCCUGCAGGCCUCGAAGGGCAACGGACGCCAGAGAAACUCGAGCAUCUCUGGGAGCACGAGGGGAAUGUACCAAGUGUCAGAGCGACGUUCCUCUCCCAGCACAGGAGCAUCAGGGAGGAUCAAGUCUGUCUCGCAAGGCUCUGGAGGUUACGACAGUGAUAGCGUUGAGAUGCAUCCCAUGGAGGACUGUCCUGAAGCUCAGUACUAUCACAUGCAGUGCCGGUUGAAUGAGGGGGGUUACGAACGCUCACCCGGAUGCGGCUCGAGAAACUGGGGUCUUCGUAAACAGGCUAUCCAGAACUGGCAGCGGCGACCUUACAGGAACAGCACUGAAGGCGAGGAGGGAGACGUAUCUGAUGUGGGUUCCCGAACCACCGAGUCUGAAGUGGAGAUGUGGGAGCAAGAGAGGAGGGCUGUGGCGGAAGUCCAGCAGUCUGCUGCGCCCUAUUCUCACAGCAGAGCAGCAUACCGCCCCAACGCCGGUCGGUCUGAAGGCAUCUACAGCAAGCCAUGCAGACAUGAAAAGAGUCCUUCCAAAUCCAAUGAGGUGAUCAGUCCAGAGAUCCUGAAGAUACGUGCUGCCCUCUUUUGUAUCUUCACCUACCUGGAUACUAAGACCCUGCUGAGAGCUGCCGAGGUCUGCCGCAAUUGGAAGUUUGUGGCCCGCCACCCAGCCGUGUGGACCAGAGUGCUGCUAGAGAACGCUCGCAUCUCUUCCAAGUUUCUUAGCACAAUGUCUCAGUGGUGCACUCAGACGCACUCUCUGAUCCUGCAAAACCUUAAACCAAGACAGCGGGGCAAGAAGGAAACCAAGGAGGAUUACCUGAAAAGCACACGUGGCUGUCUGGAGGAGGGUCUAGAGGCGUUGUUAAAGGCCACAGGAAGUAACCUGCUGAUACUGAAGAUUUCACACUGCCCCAACCUGCUGACUGAUCGCUCCCUUUGGCUGGCCAGCUGCUACUGCCGAGCCCUUCAGGCUGUAACAUACAGGAGUGCCACAGAUCCAGUUGGUCAGGAGGUUAUCUGGGCCCUUGGAGCUGGAUGUAGAGACAUUAUAUCCCUACAGGUGGCGCCAUUACAUCCAUGCCAACAACCCGCUCGCUUCAGUAACCGAUGUCUGCAGACCAUUGGAAGAUGCUGGCCGCACCUCCGUGCUCUUGGUGUGGGCGGUGCUGGGUGUGGGAUUCAGGGACUGGCCUCAUUGGCGAGGAACUGCAUGCGCCUGCAGGUGUUAGAGUUGGACCAUGUGAGUGAAAUCAACCAGGAGGUGGCAGCAGAGGUUUGCAGAGAGGGCUUGAAGGGCCUCGAGAUGCUGGUGCUCACCUCCACACCAGUCACCCCGAAAGCCCUGCUCCACUUCAACAGUGUUUGCCGCAACCUCAAAUCCAUUGUGGUUCAGAUCGGUAUAGAAGAUUACUUUGAGGACCCGAACAGCCCAGAAGCUAGAAAACUGUUUGAUGAGAUGGUUAACAAGCUCCAGGCUCUAAAGAAGAGACCCGGCUUCUCCAAAAUCCUCCACGUGAAAGCAGACAGUCUCUGCUAACGUCUUUUGUGCAGGUUCCUCAAGCCUUGGAGAGGGUGCCAUCACGGCUCCAGUCAAUCAAAAAGACCCAGCUGUUCCUGGAGUUGAAUGCGUCUGCAGCAUCGUGAAGUAGUAUCGAGGGCUCAGUGUGCAUUUUGCUAAAGUACAAAUCUAAGACAGAAAAACUUGA